AUGAAGCGGCGGAAUUCUUUCCGGCAUUGCCGGAUAAGGCUCUUCGGGGCGAUUAUGAUCGGGCUCUUCCUAGGGAGCAUCGUUCUCAUGGAGGUGCGCUACAAAAGCAUCGCAUCGGCGGCUUCAGAGGCGCCGCCUCCGCCUCCCCCUCCGCCUCCGCCUCCGCCUCCGCCUGGGGUGCCGAAGAUUGCGUUUCUAUUCAUCGCGCGUAACCGCCUUCCCCUUGAUGUUGUCUGGGACGCCUUCUUCAAGGUAGGUUGUUUCUUCACCCCCAGGGGCUGCAGAAUCUUGUUUCUAGUUCGUUAGUCACUAAAAUGGUUUCGUUGGAAUGAAGGGUCCCAUAUCUGUUGCAGGGUGACAAAGAGGAUAGGUUAUCGGUCUUCGUGCAUUCUAGGCCAGGAUUCCUCCUCAGCCCGGCUACAACCCAUUCCGCAUAUUUCUACGGUCGCCAGGUCAAUGACAGCGUACAGGUUGGUGCCAUCUUUGAUUUUUUUUUCUAAAAAAGCUUUUAAUUUUGUCGUAAACGAGCGUAAAGCUGUGAGUGGAAAAUUAUGAGUCCUUGGUAACACCUUGGCAUUUGGUAUCAAAUUUCUGUGAUCAUUCACAACUGAGUUGCGUCAUGGGAUUGCAUUUUCAGCAGUUUUUUAGGGAAAAUGUAAAUACCUACCCUUUAUUGUCGCUGAUGCAUAAUUUAAAAUAAUAUAAAUGAACCCCGCUUGUUACGGUUCGCAUGCCAAGUAUGCAUAGCAUAGUGACACUAUAUCAGAUCAGUCCAAGCUCACAAUCAUCUUCAUCUUACUUCCCUGUUAUUUUAUGAGAUCGGUUUUAUAAUUCUUGACAAGAUCCCUCUCUGCGAUAGCCUUUUCUUAUUGGUUAUCCUUCUGAUAUGGCUCUUAUCCUUCUAACUAUUAUCUACUCAAGCGUAUGAUAAAUUUUCUCAUUUUCUCAAUUAAACUGUUUAUUCUUAUCGUUCUUUCCUAUUUACGGAAAUCAUUUUCCAUAGGAAAGAAAAAAAGUGUUAUCCCGUACAUGCAAUACAACUAAGAGACUGUCUAACUUGGACCACUUAGAUGGGGUGUUAGAAUUCUCAGGUCUUGAUCCGCGGGGAAUUGGUUGAAUCUAUCAGCAGAGUUUUAUUAGUCAAUCAGAGUUGAAUUUACUGUAAAUUCGGCAGAUGUGCACUCUACUCUUCAAUCAUCGCCAUCAUUUAAUUUCAUAUUCUUCUUGUUCAUUGAUUUUUAUGGAUCAAUGAUUUUUGGACUUGUGAUUUUUGUCAUAUGGUGUUAGAGGAUUUUUUUAUAAAUGCUCCCUUCUUUCUUUUCGCUUGAAAAUUAAUAAUUAUUUUUGGACUAGGUUAUUCUUGUUGAGAAUAACUGCUGAUUAUAGGCUAAUUUCUCAAGAUGAUUCAUUUUAUCAAUUGCUUUGAUAUUAUUACGGUAUAUCGAGCCUCAUUUAUGAUGGUGAUCCUGUAGGUUUUGGGUAUUAUGUUCUUCCUUUUUAAUGUUUUCUUCAUAUGCAGAAUUUUUGAAUUAAAACAACCGUCUGUUUUUAUUAAGGGAAGGCUUUUGGCACAUUUAAUCUUCAUUAGUCUGCUUUCUCCCACAAUCUGUGGUUUUAGUAUUUUAUUGCUGAUUUUUUACACUGUCCUUCGGGUUUUUCCCACCUAGACAUCUAGGAUCUUUUUCAAGAAUACCAUGAUAAAAUUUUACUCCGAAUAUUAAAGUUUUAUUAAAAGCUUGUCGGACCUAGAGUUCCUCCUUAAGAGUUCCCUUUUUUCUGUUUUCUAUUGAGUACAAACCGUUGACUACUUUGACUUUUUUUUGUUUGUGGACUAGUAAUUUCCAGUCAGGCCUUAAUGAAUCCUUUUAGAUCUACAGGCCAGCCCACCUAGAAAGGCAAUCACUCGGAUCUUCCCCUAACCCAUUCUGGGAAUUGGCCAAGGUGACAGCCUGAGGAAUGUCUGCAUCUAGCUAUUUCCUCCUUUCAUCACUAUUGUCGGUUCAAAAAUGAUUUUGUUUGAAAACCCUGAAUCGUCAGGGUUAUGGCAUGAAUUAUUUCAAUAAUCUUCCCUUGCCACACAGUAACUUGACUUAUAACUGGUGGUAUUAGUUCAACUGUUGUUUCGUCUUCAGGGAUUGUCGCCAUUAUCUGAGCUGAUAACUUGAUGCUACUUAAUUUAUGUGCUGGAUGUUCCGGGACCUGGCUUUGGUCAUUUGCUGAAGGUUUCUUUCAUUUUCAUUUCAGGUUGACUGGGGAGAAGCAAGUAUGAUCCAAGCAGAGCGUAUUCUGCUGAAAAGUGCUCUCAAGGAUUUCGAUAACAAGCGGUUUGUUUUUGUAUCUGACAGGUGGGCAAGCAUCGCCUUCUGUUUUACUUUUAAUUUUUGCAUCGAUCUAUUUGGCAUAACUUCAUAUAGCGUAGCUAGAGACAAAAAUAUCAAACAUGUAAUUUUUAAAAAACUUUUGAUAAUUGUAUAUUUUUCCUACAUAAGUGUGCAUUUAAUUGUGUCAUUUUCCUAAGAUUACUGAUUAAUAUUUUUGGCUAUUGUUUUUAUUCAAAGUGACACUGUAUCGAACUCAUGUUUGUAGGCAAACUGUCUCAGAUUUGUAUUUAGAUCCUACAUGUUUGAUUCUUACGCCUUUCCCCCAUGCCAUAGUAUUUCUACUUCACCAGGGCAUCAAAUCGAAUUAACACUACCUGAGUCAUGCUUCUAAAUUGGAACUUAUAUUGAGGGUUGUAUUUGGUAUCCAUCACUGGAAUACCCUCCCCACUUAGGUUUUGUCUAAUUUUUUUCAAAGUCGUACUAUUGCAACUUUUUGUGGGGAUUCCAAACCUUUUCAAAGUCGUACUCUUUCAAAGUCGUACUAAAAUUUUAGGGGAUGAAUAGGUCAUGUGUUGUCAAACCAUGGUACUUCUAUAUUUUUAUUUUUCUAGUGAUGAACUUUUUGGGUCUCAGUAUUUUGCAAUUUUAUACAGAAUACAAUAAUGUCAAUGUGCUUGAACAACAACACCUAGAGGUCUUCUCAUCAUAUCCGUUGCUGUUUCUUCUCCCCUUUUGAUCAAGUUGUUAUAAUAAUUUUUUUAAAAGACAUUUUUCUUAUGCUUUAUGAUUGGUAAGUGAGAUUCAUAUUUUCUGCUCAUUCCCUUUUGGCUGCAUUUUUUAUUUUGUUCACAUGUGAGAUGAUAUUUAAUCUUUUCCCAAAAAACUGCCCAGAUGGAUGAUUUUUUAUCAUUGUUCACUUUGAGUUUAAUGGGCUGACAUCGUUUCUGCUAUUUUCUUUCAGUUGUAUACCUUUGUAUAACUUCAGUUACGUAUAUGACUACAUAAUGUCAUCGUCAACAAGUUUUGUGGACAGGUGAGUGAAUCGUUUUUGUUACUUUCUGAAAGUAUUGCUCUGAUCUUUCUCUAUUCUCCUGAUAUUAUAUGCUUUUGUUCUAUUGUGUAUCGUAAAAAAUACUUCUUUCAGCUUUAGAUUGUUAGCAUAAGAAAGCCACGUUUUUUUUAUGUUGGACGAGACUAAUAUGAUUAUUUUUAAUAAUUGCAUCAAUCAAGCGUUGGUAUCAUUUCAACUAACAAUAUGACGAAUUUUUUUUCAAUUGCGUCAAGAAGUGAUUUCUUUUUCUUGUGAACUUCGUUAUUUUUGUUUCAAGUAAUGUAUAUGCCAUUUGAUUUAUGUCAGGUAGGUGGUUUUCCAAACUCGUUCCAAUAGACAUGUCAAACUAGGGGAAUCCCAAUCAUAUUGAAUGGGAUGACAGUUUCUCAGUUCAAAUCUGUAAAAUGAUAAUUUCGAUCAAAUCACACAUCGUGUUAUACUGGACCUGCUAAUUCCUUUAGUGGUUUAUCUAAAAGAUUCACGAUAUAACCAGGAAGGCGUUUUGAAUACCACAGAUGAGUGACUGGACAUGCGAGUUGUAAGUUUAUCAUUUGAUAUCUUCGUACACGAGAAUUAAUAAAUUCGACCCCGCAUCUCUUAUGAAUUAUACUUUUUUGAAGUAUGAUCUACGUGGGAGCCAGCUGAAUUUACUAUCCCAUAGUCAAAUCAAGUUGAAGCGUCUAGGAUCGCCUGGAAAUCAUGUCGGCUCGUCUCAAGUUGGGGCAAGUUGCAUACAACUUUUGGCUAGGUUGCUUAGAGCUGACUUUCUAGUUGAGGGUGCUAUUUGUGGCAUAUAGAGACUGCAGCCAGCAAAAGAGGCAGUGGAUCCGGUUAAUGGCCGAACCAGACUUGUGCCGAGAGAAAGAAAACUUAUGCCUGUGGACAGUUUGUGUAAUUGUUGCUGCAAGUAACAAGCUCCUUUCCUUUUUUUCCAUUUUUUCCUCUCCUCCCUUUAUCUGUCUCUCCUUUCAUUUCCACUUCUUCCUUUUUUAUUUUUUUCUGCCAGCUCAUUACUUAGUGUAGAACUUCCAUAAAAAACCCUGAAAAUACUGAAGACCUUCAAAAGUUUCUCCAUCCAAUUAUACUCUAAAUUAUGAAGUAUUUUGACGAGUACCAUUUCGACUGACGCAACUUGCUUCGGUUGUAUUCUAGACGUGAACUCAAGUCGACUAUCCACUACAUGAUAUGUUUUGUUUCUUUCAUUUUAAAGUUCAUCUAUCCCUCAAGGCCAUUGAAGCUGACAAUCUUACAAGAUAUGUAAGAAUACAUGUAAUUAGCUUAUAUUUUCUGCCUGAAGCGCUACAAUUGGGAAGGAAUUCCCGUCCGUAUGACAAAUUUUAUGACCAGCUGUGUCAAUUUAUUGGCCCCUGGCACCACACAUGCGUGUUGCUCAUUUUACACUAACACUCUUGAUUUUGCACCCCUGUGAUAUACAAUGUUUAGAUCUUUAUGGAAUUAUCACUAGGUUCUAAUAGCAUCUCGUUAUGUAAUUCUGGAAACAGUUUUGCUGAUAGAAAAGAAGGCCGUUACAAUCCAAAAAUGCAUCCAAUUAUUCCAGCGCAUAAUUGGAGAAAAGGGUCCCAGGUUAAUCUGCAUUUGUGUCCGCGUUGUUGCCUUUAUUCUUAACUGCUAUGAUCUCAUUAUGCUGUUGUUUCUUUCUAAACUCUUUUUUAUGCUUUAUGUAGUGGGCAGUUUUGAUCAGAAAGCAUGCCAAGGUCGUCUUACGUGAUGAAAUAGUGUUUCCAGUGUUUCAGCAGCAUUGUCAGGUAAGAUGUGUCAAAGAAAACAGCUCAUCUGUCUGUUUUGUCUUUGAAUUUUAAUUGCCUGCGCAAGCUCUAUCAUUUUUUUCCUAAAAAGAGUAAAUUUGAUUUAUGUCACCUCACCUGGUAAUUGUAAAUAAGAUCAACUUUUCGUCACCUUCCUAUUGAGAAGUGCCCAAAAGCUUAUGCCUUGUCUGUUUCUGCAUUAGAAUUACGGUCAGAGCUCUGAAACUUUCUCCCACCACUCUUUCUAACAAAUGACAAUUCAAGCUUUUCUUGGUUGUCACUUUAGUCAUUGCAUCAGUCAUUUUCUGUUACUUUCGUUAUGUACCUAAUGUCUUUAGUUUCUAAAUGAUGUAGAGAAAGCCACUUCCAGAGUUUUGGCGGGAUCAUCCUAUUGUAAGUAUUCCUCUAUUAGAUUUCGUAUUGAGUCUUUAUUGAUGUCUUUACUUUUCAUGACAUGUUUUCCAUAUGGCUGUUGUUAUUUGUAUGCGAUAAAAAUGGCUUUGGUAUUUUAUCGGUAUCAAGGUCCUUGUUCAAACUUGAAGUAAAAUAACAGUCAUUGAAGUUCUAAAUGAAAACCACGCAUUUUUUAGAAACAUCAAAACAAAUAUGUAGAAGAAAAUUUGUGUAGAAGACAAUUUGUGUUCCUGGCUUUGUGCAACUUCCAUUUUUUUAUCCUCCUUUCUGCCUAUACUUAGAUCUGCAGCUCCAAUCACUGGUCAUGUUGUCAAAUCUUUUUGAGAAGGAAAAGUUUCAUAAUUAUGGAUACUGAGAAGAAGGUUUCUAGAAUUGAGCUCAUUAUUUAUAUUUUCACUUUGAUCUCAGCCUGUUAUCUGUAUCUAAGAAGAGACUAUUGUUCAUCUCUGUCUAAGAAAAAUAAAAGACGUGGAGAUCUGGAAGUCAGUUUGAUCUCUUUAUGAUGACACUGUAUAUCUUUUCAAGUACUGACCACAGUGUAUGUGACGUUCUAAGUGUUUUCUUCGGAUGCAUCACAGUGAGAAACAUAUUCUACUGUUGGAGAGACCUAACUCAAUCAACUCUUAUCCUUCCCCCCUCUCAUUAAGCACAAUGGCAGUUUUUUUUAUAAACUGAACUCAGCAAAUCUUUUUUCUUUCGAAUUUGGGGGUUGUCUGAUGUAGAGAUUUUUUCGGAUUUUAGUCAUGGUUCUCCUAUGCAUGAAUGAAAAAUGAAUAGAGUGAUCUGGUUCUUGAGCCGAAUACCAUGAGCUAGGACACACUCGACAGGGGAAGUGUUUUAUUAGGGUUAUUGAGAAUUAAAGACGAAAGGACAAUUUCCUAAAUUAUAAUAUAGGAGAAUGAAUAAAAAAAGCAUGCAUUCACACUUUUUUUAGUUUAUUUGGUUUUUCUUCCCUAACAGAAAUUGUUUAUUGAAACAUUUUUUUUAUAAUUGCAAGAAAUCUUUGAUCUUGAGUGCUUCACUUAGGGAUUUCCUUAAAACUCAGCUGUUAUAAAUUGAAAUUUGCAGAUGGUUUUGUUUUCCCGUCAAUGUCAGUGUCCCAAGUCAUAGUUAAAAUUGAGACCAUAGGUGGACUCUGCUUUGAAUUUUGUCAAUAGUUCUGGAUUUGACCCAUGCCAUUCAUUCGUUGAUUUCGCGAAAAACUGUCAUGGUGAGAAACUGGACAAUACCUAGAUUUAUCUGCAUACUGAGUUUAACAUCAAUAAGUUUAUGAACUUGGUGAUCUAUUAGUUUACAGACAAUUUCUUCAUCAGUAACCAAUUUCACCUCAGUUCAACAUCUCAACCUUUUAUAAAAAUUAAACUCAUUUUGCAGUUAACCUCAGCCAGCUUUUCCGUCCCAGAUUAGCACAUUGUAAAGGGAGUAUCACUGGCUUGAUUGUGAAUUGCAAUGUUGAUAAUAACUGUUACGUAUUCAACUGUAAGUUCCACGCUUGUCUGAUUCUCAAUCCAUUUUGCUUAUGGCUUCAUGCAUUUUUUUGUAAGCGCGGUGUUGGUGAACACAUGAUGAGGAGGAAAUAUUUUAUUUUUAUGAUAUAGAUUUGCAUUUAGUCAUCAUCAUCUUUAAAAGCAUAGUCUACUGCCUAUCAUCUCUCCAGUUCAACCCUUCCUUUCUGGCUUGUUUAUUAUGAUAACUGCUGUUAAUCGAUUCAUGUACGUUCUUCAGUUAUUUUCUAAAGGGCCGUUAGCGUGCUAUCGGAGAGGUGAUUUAGCUUCCAAUGGUUUCAGGUUCCUGAUGCAUCCAAGCUGCAUAAUUGCAUACCUGACGAGCAUUAUGUUCAGACACUGCUGGCGGUAAGACUUUGCAUACUCACUCGACCGCAACCCAUACUUUCAUUUAUGGGUAAAUACCCAUUGCGUGUUAAACUGCAUUUGGAUUCUGACCAUGUGCAAACAUGGCUAUGCUUGACGGUUCUAACCAGCAGCUUUCCACCAUCCAGCAAGAAGGACUCGAGGAGGAGAUCACACGAAGGUCUUUGACACAUACUUCGUGGGAUAUUCCGGCCUCCAGAGACCGUGAAAGGCAUGGCUGGCAUCCUGUCACAUACAAGCUCCUUGAUGCCACUCCAAAGCUUAUAAGAAAUAUUAAGGUACGAAAUUAAUGAGCUAUUUUGGAUACCAAACAUAAAUGGCGACUAAAAUGCAUUGUGUUCGUGUAGAGUGAGAAACAGACCACUUCUUGGGCUAUUACUUUUUUAUUCUAAAAUACAGGGUCCACUCGAAGGAAACAGACCUUGGGCGGUGAAUAGCCAGUUCAGUUUGUGUUUGAGUGUUGAUAAUCUCCUAUGGAAAUUGGAAUCAUGCAGGCCGGGUCUUGUCAGUUACAUUAUCUUAUACAACCCGUUUCAUUAAGCCCACUAAGUUUCUGGGUUUUAUUAUUUUCUUGCGGACUGGCUCCAGACUUAGUAUUUCUCAAAAUGUAGGAAAGGGAAAGGAAAGGCCUUGUUUCUCCUCUAAGAGGAACUUCGAUCUGUCAAUAUCUUUCAAUAUACUAUAAUAGUAUUGUCUAAUUUGAUCUGAUCGUACAGCAGGAUAACCCUUUCACAACAUCCACCGUGGAAUAAUCCAUUGAUUAUCCUGGUAUUCUUGAAUCAGGUUAAGAGAGGUGACAUGUGGAAUCCUUUAGACUAGCUUUGCUCAACCCAGGAGGGUUGGAUGGGCAAGAAUCUCUUGGAAAAAUUUCCUAUGGAAAUUGACAUGCUACAACGACCUGAAAACCUGUUAGAGUAGCUAUUUAUUUGACUUUAAUGGGUUCAAUGUAGCUGACCCUUCUAUCCAAUGCACAGGAGAGAGACUCACCAUAGUCCAUAACAUUCUGUACUGCUUCUUUCAAACAACACCCAUAGACCCCUUAGGGUCAACACCCAUAGUCACGACUGGUGAUCUUCCUCGUCACCAUCUCUCUGCGUUCUUAUUUCCUGCGUCGAGAGAUAUUCUGUCUUUAUGUACUAUUUAUCAUUUUACCGAUGUUUUUUUUUUCUUGCAUGUGCAGAAGGUUGAUAAUAUCUACUAUGAGACCGAGUACAGGCGGGAAUGGUGCAGCAGCAUGGGUAAAUCAUCGUACUGCUUUCUCUUCGCCCGGAAGUUCACCCGCGCAGCCGCACUCCUGCUUCUCAAUACUGUAAGAAGAUUCCCCAUGGAUUUGGUUUUCCUGAGCUUCAUCUUCCUCCGAACCAGCGGAUUCAUACGAUUUUGA